CGACUUCCCCCACGCUUUUGUUAUUGCUACAGUACCCUAUACCUAUUACCUACUCUACUACUCUGCUAUUCUGCUACUCUGCUACUCUACUUAUUAUACCAUAUGAUUUCACUAUAUAUGUACCGGACCGACUGAUAGAUAGUCUAAUAGGUACAAUACCAAGGUAGGCAAGUAUCGUUGGUCUUCAAUAACUUGAAACGCCUCUUCCGUUGUAUCCAUGUCUAGAGAUGCUGUGCGUCGAUAUAGGCUGAACACGGAAUCCGAACGAUUUCCAGAAUAAGUCAUUGCUAACCUAGAGAAAUUCGUUACUAUGCAUCUCGAGAUGGCCGUAAACGUUUCCUAUCACCUAUCAAAUAUCACCUGCCCCUUUAUAACCACGGCCAGCUGCAGGUAUGGAAAUGUCACAACCACUUGUCAUACCCAAGUCCUUGGGUUCAAAUGUCCCUAUCCUUCCGUCCAUUGGCUUUAUGGAACAGACUGCCGUCUGAUUGACAGCGAUCAGAUGCAACAGCUAAUGAUGCGGCGACUCGAAGGCCCGCAUCACAUACCAUGUACAUAGGCUAAACAUACUAUGCACUUACCUCCUGCCUCUACAUACUAACCUAGGUACCUACAUUUACAUACUCAAGCAUGUAAGUACUAGGUAGUUAGGUAUGUACAGUAUUUUGAUGUACGCAACCAUCCCGUGUCCUCGUGUCCUCUCGUGUCCCUGUGUCCUCGUGGAUGGUGUCACCUUUACAGUAUACAUUCUUCAUAACCUGAGUCGCCGCCUUGUUUCUCUGGUUUCUUUUUUUUUUUUUCAUAUUCGCCACAUAACAUACAAGAAGAGAGACAUACAUACAUGUGUUUUCCGUCGACGACAUCUCUUCGCUAGUUCUUUCUCAGCGUUUGACUUAAACUCCCCUGUCCAAGCUCAUCCCGACCCGUUGUUACUGUGGCCGGUCCACUUUGCCAGCCCACACACAGACCUACCAGGACGCGGGCUAGUUUGGUAUGAGAGCUGCCCAUUUGCGACAACUCCUAGAAAAAAAAACAAGACAAGGGUUUAAGAGACAAGAAGCCGGGGUGGUUCCGCCUAACCUUGCUUCUGGAAUAACGUGCCUACAACCCGAGCUUCACUAUCGUAUCCCCCGUCCGAGCAAAAUACAUCAUAUGUACAUCAUACAUCAUACAUCAUAUAAGAUGCGGUACGUACAAUAUAGCGACAAGGUGAACGCGUGGUCGGUUAUUCUAUCUACAGUAUGCACAUCUACAAAGUAGUAUUACGUACGCAUAGAGAUCCGCAUGCAUGUUAGAAUAAUCUUCAAUCUCCAUCGAUCCUUGUCUCCCUUUUUUCGAUUACCCUACCCUAACGAGCCGACCAGCCUUACCUACUUAUUCAUUCUUACCACACACACACACACACACACACACACACACUAACCAUGAUCGACACAUUGAAGCUAAAAUGGUACGUACGACUUGCGGCUCUUAAAUUAAGCCUUAACGGUCAUCAGGCUUUUCAACUUGGGAGAGACGCAAACAUGUUGUACUACAACCGAGCGCAUGGGGAUAACCUCUCAAAAGAUUACAGCGCCAUACAGCGCCAUAGAUAAAUGUGGGUGGACCUGUAUAUUAAAAGGAUAAGAUCUAAGGAUCAGACCUUGUUAUUGAAAUGUUCUUAAAUACAUGACCAUAGUGUUUCGUAUUUUCUUCUUUGG